AUGAGCGCCGACUUAAUUGAGCGCACGACGCGUCUUCACGCCCUGGACCUUGAAUAUCAGCAAAACCGCCAUAAAACCGACCUUAUUAGCCGGGACGAAGAUGCUCGUCGUCUGCAGCUGCGCGUGCUGCUGCUUCGAGAUGAGAACACUCGGCUACAGGACAAGUGUGCCGCGAAAGACGAGGAGAUAAAGGCUCUGUCACAAGAUGGCGAUCGAUUGCGCGUCGAGCUUGACGGAUUCAAGGCGCAAAGUCAGCCCGAGGAUGCGCGGACUAAAGACGACGCAAUUGAGGCGGAUGAUUCGGCUGUAGGUCAUAUCCAGAACCAUGACAAUCGCACUCUCCUCGCUAAUAAGCUUAAGGCGGAUACAAAGUCAAGCGAAACCCAUAUGCAAGAUUUGAGCAAGGCUUUGGAUGAGAACAUGGCCCUUACGAAGGAGCUGCAACAGUUGCGACCUGAAAUGGAGCUUUUAAAGCAGCAAGUCACGAAUUACGAAAAGAUGUUGUCUGAACAGCGGAAGACGGAGCUCGCGAGCAAGAAACAGUCGAAGCCUGGGAGGUCAAACGACGAGAGCGAAAACAUGAGCGAACUUCGAGCAGCUUUGGACAAAGUCACGGAAAAAUUGGCUGAGGAAGAGAGGCAACGCGAAAGCACCAAGUCAUAUCACCGGAAAGAACUAGAAGAAUCGGAACGCCAGAACGAUAAACUGGAACAGAGAAUAUCGAAACUGGAAAAGAAGUUGAAAGAUUCGCAAAAGGAGCUUCGCGACGUGCGGAAAGAACUCAAGGCACCUCAACCUAGCUCGAAAGAGGACGAAUCAGAGGGCGGAAAUACUAGCAACAACCAAGAAGCGACGGCAAAGCCCCGAGCAAAGGAUGAGAGGCUGUCGCGGAGGAACAAGCGCGCAAUAGAGCAAGCGGCGGUGGGCGAAAAAUCUGCAUUUUCAAUCACACCGUUCCUCAACAAGACAAAAGACACUACCGCCAAAGAGACCAAUGGCCUGGGGUUGACGCUCGACGAUGUGCUUGCACAACCCGGAGUCGAUGAUGCAUCACCGCUCGUGAUGGCAAACAAAUCAUCUGAUGCCAAGCCCAUAAUAGCACCAGAUGCCGAACUGGAGACUACUACACCUUUGAGGCCUCGAGAAAAGCUGAAAGCAAAAAAGAAAGCGAAUACUACUACAGCAGCUACAACAACCGCAACUAUAACAGCAGAGGAUGAAGACCAUUUGUCCAAACUCACUGCUUCCGUUCGGAAGAUAGCACGUGUGAGGCCUGACGACACAAAAGACGAGGAAACAUCCAAGGAUGUUGACUCCGACGAUACAGCACCUUCCAAAAGGAAAAAGCCUCACGAACCUGCCACGACUGACCCUGGCUCAGUCUUUGAGCACAAGAAGAGGAAGAGAAAACUUCUGAACAAGACUAACGAUAUCAUAUUAGAGGAAGAUGAGACCGUGGAAGGAGUCCCACCCGUGGAAACACCGGCAGGUCGACCGAGAAGAAUGAAGUCCUCCGCCACAAGCGCUUUCAACUCGCAAACCGGUACCAAGCCGUUUUCACCUUUGAAGCGGCACAAACGGGGGGUUAACGCAAGCUUUCUGGCUUGA